AUGGGAGACAAAAGUAGCAUUAGUAUGGAGAAAAUUGAAUGGCCAAGACAAAAUGUAGCUACUUUUGUUGCGAUUAUUUAUGAGAAAGUGAAACAAGGGAAGUUGCAGACCUCCACUUUUAAGCCCGAUGUUUGGAAUGACAUAAAUCAAGAGAUGAGAAUUGCUGUUGGGAAAGAUUAUGGGGUUAAUAAGUUAAAGGGAAAGUACAAUCGUUUACGGUUGAGGCAUCGAUUGUUUUCUGCAUUGCUAGCUCACACAGGGGUUACAUGGGACCCAGACAUGAACCAAGUCAAUGCUCCUGAAGAGGUGUGGGGUGAAUUUUACAAAAAAAAUAUGAAAGAGUACAAGUCACUUAGGAAAGAAGGUUGCGAGCAUUACCCCAUACUUGGUGAGAUAUUUGGAGGAGUGCAUGUUAACACAGAGAAAGUUGAUGAGAAUGAAGGUGAUAGUAGUUUAAGCAAACGCAAGAAUGAUCAAUCAUCCAAUUCCCGCCGACAGAAAGUAUCCAACUCCUCUAGACUUGAAAAACUUGAAGCAGCCAUUGACAAAUGGUCAGCCACAGUUACAACUUCUUCUACAAUCAAGAAUGAUGAAUCAAUAGCAAGAAAGGAAUACUUUCUUGCUAAGGUGGAAAAAUAUAGGAGUUGUCAAACUACUCAGGAAAAUGAUGCAUACUCCAUGGAAGUGUGCUUGGACAUAAUCAACAACAUGGAUCAUUUGGAUGAUGAUACUUAUAGCAAAGCAACAUUGGCAUUUGAAAAUCCAAUGAAGAGAAUGACAUUUGUGAAGAUGGAGCAGAGUAGGAGGACGCCUUGGUUGGAACGUCUUUGA